AUGGUGAUAUUUCCCAUACCCGUUUUCAAUUACCCUAUAAAUCAUCUAAUUUCCUCUACAAUUUUCCUCUUUGCCCUGUUUUCAACUCCCCAUAUCUCACUUUCACUCUCUAACAAACCCUAUUUUGUUCCAAACCUUGUUCUGAUUGGUGACGCCAAGUUUACAAAUAACAGCUCUUCUAUUCAGCUUACUGACCCUAAAAACUCAUCUCCAAGCUCUGGAUUUGUGAUUCAGAAAAAACCCAUCAAAAUUCUCAGCUCCAAUUCAAGGCCCAUAAGAUCAAUAUCAUUUUCUACUGACUUCACGUUCUCAAUUUCACCUCAUAACGGGGAUGGGCUGGCUUUUUUACUCGUGUCUAGGAAGUUUAUGCUGAAAUUUUCAAAACAAAGUUUUGGGGUUUCGAAAGGAAGUCCCUUUUUUGCGGUGGAGUAUGACACGUUUUUUGAUGAGAAUCUGGGGGAUGUGAAUUCGAAUCAUGUGGGAAUCGACGUGGGAAGUCUUGUUUCUGUGAAAACUAGCAAUGUUUCGUCGUUAAAUUUGGUUUUGAAUAGUGGGAUGAAGCUACAUUCGUGGAUAGAUUAUGAUUCGAGCUCAAAACAAUUGGAGGUUAGGUUGAGUAAGUUUGGUCUUGCCAGGCCCUACAACCCACUGUUAGUGCAUCCUAUUGAUUUGGGUGAAAUGUGGAGAAAUGGAGAAGUGUUCGUUGGAUUGAGUUCAUCUAGUGGUAAUUCAAAGCAGACUAGUAACGUGUAUGCCUGGAAAUUUAAAACAAGAAGUGUUCCAAAGUGGCUGCAUUCACACCCAGUGGAUCCUCGGGUGUUUUCUAAUGUACAUGGUGAGGAGAAAGGAGAGAAUAAGGGAUGGGUCUGUGUUCUGGGAUUUCUUUCUGGUUUGAUCAUGAUGAUUGGGUUUGGAGCCUUGAUAGCGGUUGUUAUAAUGUUCUUGUGGGCAAUAUUUGAAAAUAGCCGGGAGACAAUAGUAACAAUCCCAGCAAAGUGCACGGUGCAGCCAGGUGAUUUCAAGUACCAAAAGAUCAAUGUAGUUAUAAAUGAUAAUUCGGUUGAUGCUAAGCAUUAG